AAGUGCACGGGAGAGGAGAGCUCGAAGGCAGCAGAGGCAGUGGCGAAUCAAGUGCUGCCCAGUCGCGUUCCCAAUCACUCUUAGACUAGGUGUCCGGCUCUCGCCAUCUCGCCGCCCUUCGUUUUUGAAUACCAACCAAACACACUAUCUACCGAUCCGCAAGCAUACCGCGCGAACACGUGCUGCUGCUUACUAUCGAGUGCAAUCCACCGUCCACGUUUUCCAUUCACACACACACAUACACACAUACACACACCCAACACAACACACAUGUUCACCUAUACACAGUGCUCGCGUUGAGAAGACUGAACUUUUCGAUCGAAGGAACAAGAAAAAAAGAAAGAACACGAACUGCCAGCGCUGACUUUUUUCUUUUCUUUUGUUUGAUUUGUUCGUUAUUAAAGACUGCUUCGAUAUACCAUCAAAUACAUGCGUGACAAGUGCAAGUAUAUCGACUGAAUGAUAACCGUACUAAAGAAGCAAGAAACUGUGUCAGAGCGUAGAGUACUGUUGUGCUGCUGUUGCUGCUACGAGUGCGCGCCAAGUGAGAUGGACGUAGGGCCGGACUCGAGGCCACGGGAUACUACUGCUACCAUUACUCCCUUAGUCGUCGUCAGCUGCAAAUAGACAGCGCCGCGAGGAGACGACGAGCCGCCAGAAACACGCGAACCAAGGACUCUUCACGUUACGAAGAUCAGCAAGGACGAGAACUUGGCGCUACGAGGGAACGACGACCACUGUUUCUGUUCUACACUGGGACCUGAACAAGGUGAAUAGGCAUAACGAUGGUAGACACACAACACUUUUGCCUACGGUGGAAUAAUUACCAGAGUAGCAUCACAUCGGCAUUCGAAAAUCUGCGAGAUGACGAGGAUUUCGUGGACGUCACGCUCGCCUGCGAUGGCAAGAGUCUCAAGGCACACAGGGUCGUCCUGUCGGCCUGCAGCCCCUACUUUAGGGAGCUCCUCAAGAGCACACCGUGUAAACACCCGGUGAUAGUACUGCAGGACGUGGCAUUCAGCGACCUUCACGCCCUGGUCGAGUUUAUCUAUCACGGCGAGGUGAACGUGCAUCAGCGCUCCCUAAGCAGCUUCCUCAAAACAGCCGAGGUGCUCAGGGUAUCGGGACUCACGCAAACGGCCGAUCAGACCGACAGAGAUGAGUUAUCGCACGUACGCGCACUAGCAGCGGGUGCCGGUGGCGGUGUCGGGGGUGGCAACCACCUGCCGCCACACGAUAAGCUAGUUGCGGACGAAGGCUUCCCAAGUGGCGGUUCACCACCGAGGCCUGUGAAUCCAUCGCCGGCGACGGUGCAGCAGCUACUUCGCCGACAGCAGAUUCGCCGCGAACGCAACGAGAGGCAUACACCCGACCCGCACGACGACAACUCGAUCAAACGGCCACGCGUGCUGUCUCCGCCGCUCAACAACAACGACGCGACGCCCACCGAUUUCUCUAUGGUCAAGAGCAAUCAUCUGGUCGACAAGAUAGAGAACAACGGCUUACACGAGACGGAGAACGGACCACUGGACGACGGUAUCAAGUGUGAGCCGCUCGAGUUGACCGGUGGCAACGGUGGCAGUAUGGCUGCCGGUGCUGGCUCGCAUUUGCCCAACAACGAGGACAGCUCGGAUUCUGGAGCUGCGGCGUCGGAUCGACCACCUGCCUCGGCAAGUAGCAACGAGCACGAGAACGAGCACGAGCAUCCACCGACGCCCAACUACAUGGCCGAAAGCAAACUCUUCGCUUCGACACCUGGCAGCUUCAAUUUCAGUAUGGCUGCGCUCGCCUCGGCCGAGCACUCGCCGCUUUCUGUGAAAUUUCCAGGGUUGGGCCACGGCUUGCAGACGGCGGAUUUAGCGGGAACUUCGCAAGGCACAGGCAGCAACGGCAUGCAGCAGCAGCAGCAGCAGCAGCAGCAGUCGCAGUCGCAGUCUCAGCAGCAGCAGCAGCAGCAGCAGCAGCAGCAGCAUCAGUCAACAGGUCCAUUAGCCGUGUAUCGGAUGCCUCCACCGACAGCCGGUGGCAUAAAUGAGCCUCAGGAGUGCCCCUACUGCCGACGCACCUUCUCAUGCUAUUACUCGCUGAAACGUCACUUUCAGGACAAGCAUGAGCAGUCGGACACGCUGUACGUUUGCGAGUUUUGCAAUCGCCGCUACCGAACCAAGAACUCUCUGACCACUCAUAAAAGUCUGCAACAUCGUGGCUCCAGUGGUAUGCUCAAGCGUCUCCUGAAGACCAGCGCGAUCAAGAACGUCCUUAGCCAUCACCACCACCAUCAUCAGCAACAGCAGCAUCAUCAGCAGCAACAGCAGCCGCAGCAGCACCACCCGACGAUUCCCCAAUGAGAGCUACAACUGACAUACUGCUACCGGCGCUCCUGCGCUUUUAAACCGCCGCCGCAGCCACCUCUUCGCUACUGUCAUCCUAGCGUCGAAAAUGCCAAAUGCUCGCUGCCAGUCUAGUUCUCGGUCUGGCGCAUGAGGCUAUCCAAAGACCACGACGAUGACACUUUUAUUCGCAAGAGGCGACACGACUGACAUAUGUACGCACAAUCUUUUGGCAUUUUAACUCUUUAUCUCCUCCUUCUAUCACUUCUUCUACUAGUACCGUUGCUAUCAUUUCUUUUUCUCUGACUUCAUCUCAAGCUUCAGCGAUCUCUUUGGGAGAUGAUUGUCAAUUAAUUGUGCGCUCGUAUCGCUCGCUGUGCAACUUUUUCACUUACAUUUCGUGUGUGCAAGUCUUGCAGAGUGCAGCGUGAGACAUGUGUGUGUGCGCGCGUGUGUGUGCGUGUUGAUGUUAUACGUACAUUAUGUAGGUAGAUACGAUUCUGGAUUUUAUUCACAACUCGUAAAUCUCUCGUACGAUCCUUAAAAAUAAAGGCAUUUUUGCUUUUAUAUCGUCGAUGUACGUACGUAUACAUUAAACUUACCCUUUGCGGAGAAGGGAUGUUUUGAUUCCCCGAGUGUGAUCAUCGUUCUAUGAUGGAAUCCUGACGUGCUCAACAAAAAUGAAACGCUCAAUCGUGGUGUACAGAUUUUGAAACAGAACAGGAAGGGGGGUAAGGACUCGGCGAUCGUUUAGCCAAGAGGGAAGGAGAUGGCAAGCGCGCGAGAUUUGUACAGUGGACAGAGGUAAUCGAGUGUGUAGAAAUUACGGAUUCUCCCGAGAUUUAAUUAUAAAAAUAAGAGAGAGAUGAGUUGUAUAGGUCCAUCGCGAGCGCGAAUUGCAAACUAUAUUUUUAACUUUUUAAAUGCUAAUAUUUUGAAUCGUGUAUAUAAACAAUAUAUAUACAUAUACAUUUACAUAGACAUAUAUAUUCAUACGAUAUUAACGAAAAAAAUUAAUAAUAAAGUAAAUAAAUAAAUAACAAUACGAAAAAAAAUAUUCACUCGUUCUGAUUUUACGAGUUGAAACGAAAAAAAAAAAAGAAUAGAAAUGAGCGGCACGCGUAUACGAUGGAUAUGCGAUUCAAACAAAUGCCUCUUCAGAUUCUUUCGGCGCGCGUCUCUAUCUAUAUAGACCGUUUUUUUUUCUCCUUCCGUUCUUGAAGCCCCUUGCUCUGCGCCCUCAAUUGGCAAACUGUGCAAUAUUACAUUUGUAAGACUUUUAAUACUGAGCGCGGAGACGGCUAAAUUGAUGGUUGGCCCAUUCUUAAAGUGAUAGAAUAUGCCGAUUUUGGGGAAAAAAAAUUGGUGCUCCAGGACGAUAUAACGCGUGUAUAUGCUAUCAUUUUGAAAACGAAAAGUGAUGUCUCGAUAAGAAGCGUGAUAUUAUUGCGAGAGGAAAUACUUACAUUUUUCGGACGAAAACUAUAUCUAUAUAUUUUUCUAUACAACAGAACUAGAAAUUAUUGGCGCAUUCAAACUUGAAGUUGCAUUUGUUGCUUCAAAAUCGUCAUGAUAUCCAUCGAAAUUGUCAACCGCACAAAGGAACGAGUUUUAAAAAAACUAUACUAAUAAUGCCAUUUAUAUACAUAAAAACACAAUUAAGUACAAAUUUCUAAGAAGGAGAGCAUCAUGUCUGCCAAGAGUAGUUCGGUUCUAUUUAGCUAAAGAUAAAAUUUAGAAUUAAAUUCAGACGAGUCUUUGAUAGCAUGUGGGGAGGGAAUUUAAAAAUAUCCUCGAGAUGAUUGCACAAUGUAUACCGAAUGAAAAUUAUACGAUUUUUAUACUUUAAUCUCGAAGGUCAAACCGGGAAACAAAGUUUGCUAAGUUUGUUUGUACAUUCUUUGGGAUCCUGAGAAAAAGAAACUUAAAAGUGACGUUAGUUUUGAACGUCUCGGUAAUAAGUAAGAUUAACGGGAAAUUGGCACACUGUUCGGGCAAGAUGUGGGACUUUUUCAAAAUUGAAAGAAUUUCGAGUAAAGAGAAAAUUUAUCGUUCGUUUUGAACCCUGCAAAACGAGAAUCGUCGAAAAAAAGCUAUAGCGCUAGUGAAAUUGAACCUAGUCAUUUUUGGAAAUUUGUAUUUCUGUGAUAAAAGAAAAAAACAUGUGGCAAAAGAAAUCAGGGAUGAAAAAGAAUGUUCCACAUGAUUGCUGAAACGAACGUGUGCUCGGCUUAACGUAAAAAAGGAUAAUCUAAAGAAAAAAAAUGAAAAUUGGCUAUUAAAAUUAAUGUGAAAUUCUGUGAUGUUCUUUCGUUUUAAUAUUAGGUAAUGAAAGUGAAGCGCUAAAAGAUUAUCGAAAAAUUGUAUACGGAUUUAAAUUCAAUGUUUAGUAAUGUACAUGUGAAAUUGUAAAGAACGUAUGACUACGAGAUACAAAGAAUAUCUUCCAAAAGUUAAGAAUUUUUUAAAAUGGAAAUGCGAGUAGGAGAGAACUGGAAGUCAUCAUUGCCGAGCAACAAAGCGCAAAUUGAUUUGUUAUCAAAUUUGUUUAUAUUAUUAUAUUAGGAUAAUUUUGCGAGUAGGCAUAGAAAAAAAAUUCAAAAAAAAUUUAAAGAAAAAUGCGUAUAUACGAUGCCAAAGGCCAAAUGACUGCUCGUUGAUAAAUAAAUAUAUAGAAGAUUAAUUCUUUUUGUGCUUUUUCGAAAACGAAACCAAAGUUCUAAAAGACGUUUUCUAUUAUAUGCGCUGUUGUAUCUUGCUCGACAGUGGUGACUAUUCUCUCGUUCUAUAGUUAAUUCGUAAUCAUAUCUCUCCAGGGUAUACACUUGCUCUUUGUCAAUAAUAGAAUGUCUUAGAAGAUAAAGGGAGUCAUCAAUGGCGGACGAUUGCUUAAAUUUUUAAUGGAAAGAAAAGAAUUUUUCGAACGACGUGCCAAGUAUUUUACUUUCGAAAUUGCAGUAAUAUACCGUAAAACGAGGUUGUAUAAUAAUUAUAGUAGAGUAUGUCAAUGAGGCAGGAAAUAUGUUGCGUAAUUUUUAGAAUCACCGGGAAAACUAACAAUCGUUCAUCCAGCGUACCGACUGUCGUUGAUAGAGUCGUUGGGUUAAACAAGAAUUAUUUUACAAGACUUUUAGUUACAGUUAGAAUAAAUAAAAAAAUUUAUACUAAUAUUUCAACGUAUAUAACAGCAAGUAAAUCAGUCAAAUUAAAUUAUGACACAAUUCUAAAUAUCACUGUUCAAUCGUCAAAUUCUUUCUAGCCUCAUUCAACAAUUUACAUAAUUAAUUUGGGCCCUCAACUGUUCUAAACAUUUCAGUAGUUAUUCACAUCAUCAUGUAACUCUACGAUUUGUUUGUACAUAUAACGUGUCGAAUAAAUAUACUUUUUAUGUAUGUCAUAUAUCAAAGGCUGGUUACCGGUUGGGAAGAUACUUAUAACUUUUGCAUUUGAAAGUCCAAGUAAUUUUACCACUAAAAAGAAGAAGGAAGAAAAUAUUUGAGAGUUUUUAUCAUUAAUAUAUGUAACAAUAUGAAAGCCUCAAAACCGAUGCUUUAAAGGGAAAGUCUGAUGAAAAUAUUUUUUUCUAAUUAAAACACUCCGCUCGUUUCUUUCCGACUACAACUUUGUAAAUUUUUUAAUGGGACUAGUUUUGCGCCAAUAUUAAUUUCUGUGCCAUUCAGAUAAAAAACAUAAUAACUUUUUUAUUUCGACAAUAGUACAUUGACUUGAAAUAUGUUUUUAAAAUUUUUAUCAUAUUUUAGCAUAAAAAUGUCCACAGCUUUUUAAUAAUAGUUAUCGCGUAAUUUUGACUUCUUUAUAGCUGUUUUCGAUCAAGCAAUUGCAGUUUGGAGUUUUCUAGUGCUGUGACAAAAACAUUUUAGAUAAUUAUUCGGAAAGGCUGAUUUUAAUAAUUAAUUAACAUAAACCGAUUAUUAAGAAACUAUUGGAAAAAAUUUAUUUGUAACCUUAUCUGUUUUAAAUUUUUUAAUUCCUAACUUUAAAAGGGAAUCGACUGAUUAGACUGUUUUUGAUUGGUUUAAAGGUUUUUCUUGUUGAUGUGAUAUUGACGUACCAAAGAGCAUCGGAAAAUCGUUUAUCUUCUCGAGUUUACGUCACGUGUGGCUUGUUAUUUAGAGAAAAUUUAUAGCAUUAAAUCUUCACAAUUGAAGUCAAAAAGUCAUUAAAUAAGUCAAAUUUUGUUAUUUGAAAAAUUAUUUUUGGAUUUUGCAUAGUUUAUUUUUAGAACUUAUUUAUGACGAGCCACACAAAUUUGAGAACAUAAUGAAUGUAUUAUUUCAUGAAAUAAUUGCUCUUUCUGUUUGAAUUGUAUUUUUCGACUUAAAAAAAUAAAACGCAAAAAAUUUAUUAAUUUGGUGUGCUGGGAAAACACAGACAUGCGUAAUUGAAGCAACAUAUAUAUGCUGGCGUUUGAUUCGAAAAGUUAAGGGACUGUAAGUAUAAGGAAAAAAGAAAAAUUUUUGAAGAUAGAAAGAAAGACUACUUAGAUUUAUUUUUAUUGUCUUCAAAAAGACUUUAAUAUUUAUAUUGUGCCAUAUAUAAUAUUAACGAACCUUAAGUAUAAAUUAAUUGUUAUAAAAAUUUUUGAAUCUAUCAGAAGGGAAAAUUGCAAAAAGCGUAAGUGUGGCGGUAAAAAGUUGAGAAAACAUGUAAUUCACAUAAAUGAAACUCAAAGUAAACAGCAGAUAGCAUCCGUAGUUUUUAUUCAAUAAUUAAAGAUUUGUAGAAUUUAAGCAAUCGUAACAAAAAUUAAAAUUAAUAAAAUCACAGUAAUGAAGAAAACAAGUAUGUAUAGAUUAAAAUAUUUCUAAUCAGCGUCGCAUUUUUCAUGGUACUAACAAAGUUUCAUAUCAUCAUUCAACUUACUGUCAAUAAACACGGCGGAGCGAUUUUCCGCAACGCCGAUACUUUUAUCUGGAUGAAUGGACCAAAGUUAGCUGUUGUUCAAGCUAUCACGACUUUUAGCCGAAUGUAGAUACAUGUCUUUCUUGAUUGACUCUAUCAAUCGAACAUUUUUACAACCGUACGUGUUGAAAAAAAAUUAUUUUCCUUUUGUUGGACUUUAUCUUUAAACGAGUAGUGUUUAUUCUUUUAAAGAAUUUUAUUAAAACUUCUUGAGAAAUAUUAUUUGAUUCAACACCUAUUGUGAGUAAGCCGCUAUUAAACAUGGCCAAUGGUACAUUUCUACACAUAGUAUACAAGAUUAUUUUUUUUGUUCUGUGAAAAUUAUUCACUCGUUUGUAAGUACGAAUAAACUUCUGCUUAAGCGACUAGCGUUAUAAAUAUUUCUGUAUUUCAAAGUACUGAAAAAGAAAUAACGGGAAAAGUUGCCACGUGAUUGUAAAAAUAUCAAUAGUUAAUAAAGAGUCCUAAAAUAGAUACAGCUGACUUUAUGAUAUAAUUACACAAAUAGUAACUAUAUAGUUUGUACACAUAUCGCGCGAUUUAACGGUAUGCAUUUUGUUACUUCUUGUUCAUUAUUUUCAUUGCUUGUGUAUUAUGAAAUAUCAUACGGAAAAGGAUCAAUACAAAUGAGCUCUGUGUACUUUUCUGACAAUCUGCUUAGUUUGUAUAUUAUUAUCUUUAUACGUGUAGUCGCAACAGCAUAUAUUUUUUUUCUCAUGUAACGUUCUUUAAUUCAUUAAACGCCCACAGCUGUACUCCAUCGUCUUUCAUCAUGAACAUCAUCGUGUUGUGAUACAUUUUUGUAUGAUAAACUAAGUCGAUGGCACGUUAUGUUAACUCUCCAUGUAAAUACGUACAUAUCUACAUUGCGUAUAGUAUGUAUAAGUUUAUAUUUUCUAAAACAUGUCUUUUGAUUAUUGAUAAUAUUAUGCUAUUUUCCAAUUAUUACGCAUGUUCUUAGAGUGAUUGUUGAAAAUGUUCAGUAAAACAUUUAAUGUAAUCUAUUUUACUGUCACUAUUAUAAUCUUCAUUGUCAUUACGUUACUAUUACAAAUAUCAUUAUUAUUAUUAUUAUUAUUACUAAUAUCAAUGUAAAAUCGCAAGUAUGGUAUCAGUUAUAAUCAUUUUCCAACGAUAGUUUUUCUUAUUAUUCUAUUUCUGCAAAAGUGUUUUUUUCAAUAUAUAAUUGUUUUUAAACAAGCUUUGAAAACAUGUUGUUACGCACAUAGUUAUACAGAAGUAGAAGAUUCACGAUAAAUGAGGCAAUGUUUAUGUUAAAGAUAAGCAGAAUAAAUAUUCGUAUUCUAAUGUGUUAACGGAAAAACGUGCUUCUUAUGAGUUAUUAUUAGCAGAGUUGCGACAAUCUUUGGCAGCUUCUGAUUUCAUUGAUUUGUGUUUUUUUUUAUUAAUCUUUUACCCACAUGCAGUUAGAUGCGAUCACGAUUUUGUCUUAACAAUAUCAAGUAAUGUGUAAGUAUACACAUUUUUUCACUUCAUUAAAAUCAGAGAUUUAAUACAAUAAAAGUAAAAGAAAUAGAGCAUGCAAAAGUGUCGAUCAAGCAUUUGAUAAGGCGAAAAUGAAAACGCACAAAUGACUACGAUCGAUUGUAAUAGAAUAAAAUUCUGAAUCUCUUUGAUAGAUCAAAAUUUAUAAUUUUCAAAUUUAAAAUCAUGAAAGUAAAAUAUGAUACUAAACAAAUUAUUUUUUGUGUGCAAAAACUCAAUUUCGAAUUAACAUGUAUAACAUGCGCUAACUGUCUUUACAUACAAAAAAUGUUAGAAAUUUACGUUUAAAAGUAGAUCACGGUUCGAUUAAUUUAAUAAGUAACAAAGUGCAACACGCUGCCUUGCUGAACAGUACAAGUACAAAACGAAUACAAAUACAUAAAAAACAUGUCUUCGAUUUAAUGAAGGGAAAGGAUUCUGGUAAUUAAGAUAAGUAAGAAAAUUGUUAACUGUAAGGAAAUCAUAACGGAAUAGCAGAAAAAGUUAUACGACAUUAACGAAAUGAAGAGAACUCACCGUAUACAUUUACGUCGCUGCCCGUCACUUUGUAAAAAUAAAAAAACAUAAAUGCGCAGUAAUAAAUAAAAGAUCGAUAAGCGACAUCGCGCAUUCGUAUUAAAUACCUCAAUGAUUGCCGCAACCCUCGGGAGCGCCGUACGUAACAGCGAUUCUUGAUCUGCUAUAUCGAACGUCAGUUUAGUCUGUAAACAAACGGAUUGUACUCCGUCUUUUCAAGAAAAAAUGUAUGUCUCGUCCAAGCUCUAUGAGAGUUUCGUACCUGCGGUUUCAUAUAACACUGCCACAAUAAAUUUUAUAAAAAGUCUUGUACGUCGUGAUGAUGAAAAUCUAUAAUAAUAACUGACGCUUUCGGCAAAUUUAUGAUCCAUUGAAAUGUAAACUAUUCAGGAUCAAUUAAUAUAUAAGAAGCGAAGCCAAUUGAUUUAAAAAUAAUAAUGGACUUGUAAAAACUCUCACGAUUCUAAUCAAGAUGUAUGAUAUUCGUAAAAAUAACUUAUACAGAAUUAAAUGUUCUCAUAGUACUAUCAUGUAAUUAACUAACGUAUCAAAAAAUAAAAAAAAAUAUCCAACUUGUAAUGAAUACGCACAAAAGGUAGGACUUACAGUUUAAAAAGGCUUACGCUUCGCAACUACGACUCCUGUAUUUGGAAUUACGGCGCACCCGAGACACAUUAAGGCAUAUUCUUUUUUAAGCUACAAUAGUUGUACUUACGUCCCGUAUUUUAUCAGUAAUAAUGUCUGGACAUUUUACGAGUUUCUCGUUUGCCUGACUCUGUUGGCAAACAUUUUUAAUCUAAGUAGAGACAUGACGGAUUCAUUAAAUUUAUCCUAGUUAUUGUAAUCUAUGCAACAUCUUUCAAUUAUUUAGAUUGUGUUAGUUAAUAUGUAGACAUACUUUUCUGUUGAGCCAUAACAUAGCCUUGCAAACGAGACUCGUUUCAUCACAACAGUCGCCAUAUUAUAUUUUACAGAAUAUUUAUGUAUACAUAUAUAUUGUUUCGUUAUCGCAAAUGAUACUGAUGCAGUGACUGUGUAAUAUCAUAUUAUAAGAAUUAAAUGUGUGCAUAUCCAACAUUUUACAGAUUUUUUUUCUACUUUGUUGAACAAUCAGCUUUUACAAGAACUGUUGUAAAGCGAAAGUAUCAAUUUAUUUAUAUUACAAAUGUGAAUUCACGUAGUUUUGGUUUCCAUUGAAGGCUGAUCCCAUCGUUAUAAAAUUACAUCAAUAAUAGCAAAUUAUAAAAACGGCGUUAUUUUUAGUGUUCAUGUUCUGUAACGUGGAGAUUUUCAUUCAGUUUACUAUUUUGAGAUAGAAUAUGCAACAAUUUAUCGAACUUACUAUGUAACCGAGCAUUCCAAGUAAACAAGAAAAAAGCAAGAAACGAUGAAGGUUUGAAAAUGACUUUCAUGAACGUAGGUAGACAUGUGGGUGAAAUGGAGAGAAAGGGAGAGAACGAAAGAGUGAGAGAUUAAAGCUUGAACGACAAGGUUCUAGCGCUACAAUCUUAAGUGACGUGUGUCGCAUCUUUUUAGGCUAUUAACAUUAUAAUUAAACGAUAUUAAGAUUAAUUAAUAUAUGAUUAUCUAUUAAUGGAUAAGUGUUUAUUCGCAUUUUAAUAUAAGGAAUUAUUAUUAUAAAAAAUUCAAUAAUAGUUGUUGGUGUAAUAUUAUGAAAUAAAUCUUUAACGAGAAAAGUUUUUUUUUAACCUUUACAUGACCUUUGCAGGGUAAAAUAAGAUAUUGUACAAAAUUUUACUAUUAAAAUUAUUAAUUAGCCGCACUAGCCGAAUAAAAAAUAAAAAAU